AUGGGGGGCGCUUCUAAGGAGAAGCCGCGCCUCUACCGCACUUGCCAGCUUGGCGAUGAGGCCAUGGUUGACUUGGUGAAGCAGCGCGUGUCAUUGAUCGAGAAGAACUACAUAGAUGGCACAACGGAGCAGAUCAUCAAAGAUAACAUGCCGUUCUUGUUGGAUGCGUGCCAGGCGUCGCAGCGCUUGAGCUCCACAGCGCUCACGAAGGCCAUCAUUUCGCAGAAGACGCACCUCACGGCAGAGGGAGCGAAGCGCUGGGCCACUGAGAUGAGCAGGUGCGUCAGCUACGUAGUGAACAAGUUCAGGGGCGCCGUGACCGCGGAGAAGCUGGAUCACUACACGAGGACCCUCGGACAGGCGAUGAACUUGGAGUGCGGUCGUACUUCUUCUGGCAAAAAGAAGGGGACGCCACGCAGUGAUGACGUCGUCGAGAGCACCUCCGCGGAUGACACUCGUGCCGAGAGCUCGGCCCCAGCCGCGAGUGCACCGCGCAGUCCAGCAGACGCAAGGCACAAGCUGAUCAAGGAGCUAUAUGGGAUUUCUCCACCGCCCAAGGCGAAGACCAAGAAGGACGAAGUGCACAGCCCGCUCGUCGCUUUCUCCAGCCAGGAGGUGAUGGAGUCACCUGCGCGCCCUUCCGCUGCGCCUGCCGCUUCUAGCUCUGCGAAGAAGGUGACGUGGUGCGACUGGAACUCCGACCCGCCGUCCAUGGUCGUUGCUGAUGAGUCGGGUCAGGAGACGCGCGUGCCGCUGUCAGCAGGCGAGAUGGGUUUCUCGAUCGCACGCGCGCCUGGCGGGGACAAGAUCGAGACAGACCAGUCCAACGCCUUGCUC